CCUCUGUCUCUUUGCAGGACUACCCUUCUCUUGGGCACUUGGCUGAAGUGUUGUCCAAAUCUAAUAUUCAACCCAUAUUUGCUGUGACUAGUUCCAGGCUAUCCUUAUACAAGGAGCUGAGCAAGCUGAUUCCAAAGUCAGUGGUGGGGGAACUGAAGUCGGACUCCAGAAAUGUGGUGCAGCUCAUAGAAGAUGCCUAUAAAAGUCUUGCCUCCACAGUGAAACUGGGACAUUUCUCAGACCUUCCACCUGGGAUCUCCAUUGCUUAUGACUCCCAUUGUGGGGACACGGAAACCUAUGGGCAGACAGAGGGUGGAGAAUGCAGUGACGUGUCUGUCAACCAGUUGGUGCAAUUUACAGUGAAGGUAAUGGCAACCACCUGCCUACCUGAAUCCCAGAAGCUGGUGUUGCGAGUAUUGGGAGUGGGAGAGGAGGUCCAUGUAGAGGUGUCAACAACCUGUGACUGCCAAUGUGGAGACACCCAGCCUGAUGCACACCACUGCUCUGGUGGACAUGGCAACCUCACCUGUGGCAUUUGCAG